AGCUUCCCCAAUUUCUCAUGCACAGAUAACCAGAAACUCCACUCAAUAAAUUAACUCCCCCACAUUUCUUUAUACAUUCAGCUGCACACAACAAAGAUAUAACUAUUAAAUACAACUUUCAUUUUUUUUUCAUUCUUGCAAGAAUCAAUAAAGGACGGUUUCUUGGACGUUUCUUUUUUUCUCAUCUUUUCUUUCUGUUCUAUUUUCUGUUUUCUAGUGCUCGAUUAAAGAUUUGAUUUUUUUAACCUAUUUUCAAGAACCCAAACAAAAAAAGAAAAAGAAAAAAAAAAACCCUGUAUAUAUAUUGCUAGGAGACACCCCAAUGAGAAAUGGGUUCAAUCUUGAAAAUGUCGAAAAUCAAAUUUUUGGUGGUUACGGUUUUGUUGGCAAUUGCUUGUUCUUCUGUUAGAGCAACUGUUUCUUAUGAUGACAAAGCCUUUAUCAUUAAUGGGCAAAGGAAGAUUCUUAUAUCCGGUUCUAUUCACUAUCCAAGAAGCACUCCUGAGAUGUGGCCUGAUCUUAUACAGAAGGCUAAAGAUGGAGGAUUAGAUGUUAUACAAACAUAUGUGUUUUGGAAUGGGCAUGAGCCAUCUCCUGGAAAUUAUAAUUUCGAAGGGCGGUUCGAUCUUGUCAAGUUCAUUAAACUAGCACAUCAGGCCGGGCUCUACGUUCAUCUCCGAAUCGGGCCUUAUGUUUGUGGAGAAUGGAAUUUUGGGGGAUUCCCUGUUUGGCUGAAAUAUGUUCCAGGAAUAGAAUUUAGGACAGACAAUCAACCUUUUAAGGUUGCUAUGCAAAGAUUUGUCGAAAAAAUCGUCAACUUGAUGAAGUCGGAAAAUUUGUUUGAGCCUCGGGGAGGGCCAAUAAUCAUGUCACAGAUAGAAAACGAAUAUGGACCGAUAGAGUGGGAAAUUGGUGCUCCGGGUAAAGCUUAUAGUGCAUGGGCAGCAAAAAUGGCUGUUGGCCUCGAUACCGGUGUUCCGUGGAUCAUGUGCAAACAAGAAACUGCUCCUGAUCCAAUGAUAGAUACUUGCAAUGGUUUCUACUGUGAAGGCUUCACUCCUAAUAGGCCGAAUAAACCGAAAAUGUGGACUGAAGCCUGGACUGGCUGGUACACACAAUUUGGUGGUCCAGUUCCUUACAGACCUGCUGAAGACUUGGCUUUUUCAGUGGCUAGAUUUGUACAGAACAAUGGUUCUUUCUUCAAUUAUUACAUGUACCACGGAGGAACAAAUUUUGGUCGAAAUGCAGCUGGUCUUUUCGUCGCCACCAGCUACGAUUACGAUGCUCCAAUAGAUGAAUAUGGACUUCUGAACGAGCCGAAAUGGGGGCAUUUGAGGGAUUUGCACAAAGCAAUUAAGCAAAGUGAAGCAGCUUUAGUUUCUUCAUAUCCCACAGUAACAUGGCCUGGGAAAAAUCAAGAAGUUCAUGUCUUCCAAUCAAAAUCGGGGGCUUGUGCCGCAUUUCUUUCCAAUUUCGACACUACAUAUUCGACAAAGUUGACUUUUCGAAAUAUGCAAUACGAUUUGCCCCCCUGGUCAAUCAGCAUUUUGCCCGAUUGCAAGACUGCAGUUUACAACACUGCAACGAUUAACUCAAAAGGGUCCGAGGCAAAAAUGGUACCAAUAAGUAGUGGAUUAAAUUGGGAAUCGUAUAACGAACAGACUCCUUCUGCAGACGACGGCGACACACUUGCAAUGCAAGGUUUGUGGGAGCAAGUAAAUGUUACCAGAGAUUCCUCCGAUUAUCUAUGGUAUCUGACAGACAUCAAUAUAGCUUCGAACGAAGGAUUUCUAAAGAGCGGACAGUGGCCACUUCUCACAGUAAUGUCAGCUGGAGAUACUUUGCAUGUUUUCAUCAACGGCCAGUUUUCAGGAACUGUAUACGGAAGCCUGGACAAACCGAAAUUAACUUACAGCAAAUACGUUAAUUUGAGAGCGGGAAUUAACAAAGUUUCUUUACUUAGCGUCUCCGUUGGUCUACCGAAUGUUGGGGUGCAUUACGAGAGGUGGAAUACGGGAGUUCUUGGUCCAAUCACAUUGAAGGGUGUCAAUGAAGGGACAAGAGACUUGACAAAGCAGAGAUGGUUUUAUAAGACUGGUCUGAAAGGAGAAUCACUAAGCCUUGCUACUGUCAGUGAAAGGGUAAAAGGAUCCCUCCAGCUGGCUCAAAACCAACCUCUAACGUGGUAUAAGACAACAUUUGACGCACCAGAAGGAAACGAUCCAUUGGGAUUAGAUAUGAUUAGUAUGGGAAAAGGUGAGAUAUGGAUAAACGGGCAAAGCAUAGGCAGACACUGGCCUGGAUAUAUAGCUAAAGGUAGCUGCGGUGAGUGUAAUUAUGCUGGCACUUUCACUGAGAAGAAAUGCCAAAGAAAUUGCGGUCAGCCCUCUCAGAGAUGGUACCAUCUACCGCGUUCAUGGCUGAAACCAAGCGGGAAUCUGUUGGUUGUAUUCGAAGAAUGGGGUGGCGAUCCGACUAAGAUCUCUUUGGAUAAGAGAAUAGCAUAGUCAUGCAUACAUACAUAUAAAGAUCAAGAUGUAUCGUCUUCGAGUAAAAGAUGCUUCAAUGGAGGAUUUCGAGUUUAAAGAAAUUUCUCACUGUUUGCCUAGAGGGGGUGAAUGGCAAAUUGUAAAGAUAUAUCAUUCUCCAGUCAGCAAUAUACGCAAUGUGAAAACAAGUUUUUUAUACACACAUAUUGUUUUCGAGACAUGAUAAUACAUAUGUAAGAAUUAAGAUUCAGUUUUAGUUAUACAUACCGUGAUGAAGCUAUUUA